AUGAACGGGAGGACUCCUCUUAACGUCGGACGCCGUCGGCCAUUUGUAUUGAUCAUCAUUACUAAAAUGCAAUUCAUAUGCCCAAAAUUAACGCCUUACCGCUUGUUUUCACCGCUGCAAUUACCCUGUUUGUUAGGUCGUAGGGGUAUACAAACAUUGCAAGUUGUACCAAGCACAAACACGUACUUUACGUCUAAUGUCCCUUUUCAUACUAUCUAUUUACGUUUAGAGGAGCUGUUACAUUCGUGCCGUCCAUGGGUUUUCGCUGCUCCAGAACAUGUACCUUUACCAAAAUGGAAAUCUCUUGAAGAGUACAGAAGGGAAUUUCACGACACAAAAACGAACACCUUGGAGUAUAGAAGAAUCACAAACAUUUUAAACGAACUCAAUCGGUUAAGCUCUGAGUUUCGACCAAGUUAUGUUGAUGAAGUGUUGAAUAUGUUUCGCAGUGAAACAACCGCUGCUGGAAGCGUGCUCACAGAAAAGACGCCAGAUCAUUUGGGUUGCUCUUCCGCACGGGGGUUGCGGAAAUCAAGUCGUUCAUCUGUUCGUAUGGUUCCCGGACAUGGAUUAAUUUAUGUUAAUGGUGUCCCCAUUCAUCAAUAUUUCGGUCGUCUCCAUGAUAGAAAACAUGUUCUUGAACCAUUGGUAUACACAGGACGCAUCCUGUCAUAUAACGUCUGGGCUCUAGUACGCGGGGGCGGUACAACGGGUCAAGCCGGUGCUGUUCGUACUGGUAUUUGUCAUGCUCUUCUCAUUCAAGAACCUGAUCUUAAGCCCAUUCUGAGGGCAAACAAGUGUGUUACAUACGAUGUUCGUCGUGUUGAACGUAAAAAAACCGGUCAACCAAAAGCCCGUAAAAAGUACACCUGGGUAAAACGCUAA